GUUUGACAACAGCCUGAGAACACGGUAUAAAAAAAGGUGCUUGGUUAAAGCUUCACAAGUACCAGGUUUGUCAAGACCAAAAGGUCAAAAAUAAAAGCAAAGAAGGAGAGUGAGAAAAUAGUAAUCCUAUCCGAGUUUCAAACAGUUAAACAGGCUACAAGAACCAAAUGAUUUAGCGAAAGAAAAACAUUCUCUAAAAAUCACUUGAGAAGAAAGCGAAAGAUUUAGAAGCAGUUCGACUCAUUACCUCGUGAUUUGUUAAUAAAAACCUUCGAAAUGCGCGAGAGAAACAUUUUGCCCUUUUUAGGCGAGAAAAUGAAUGAUUACAAGAAAUCGUCGCAGGGAAUUAAAGUACUUGAUUCAAUUCCUGAGAGCGACAUUGGGGCCUCUAGUCGUCUUCCCCGUUUCUGUUAUAACAAGAGUGUCAGCGAAUGCAAAAAGCAAGGAUUAGAGCACAAAACUGAGAAGUGGUCUAAGAGCCCGUCAAACGGCGUGAAUCUUCCCAAGUUAGAGAACAGAUCCCCCGCCGCUCCUCAUCUUGAAAGAACGAUAGGUUCACCCAACCCAACUGGUUUUUUAAACGUGGCAAACAUUCCUUUCUCUCCACGUGAAAACACCGGCGAUAAAUUUAAAAAGGAACCAGGCAUCAAUUGCGAAGACUAUGUCAUGUAUGAACCAGCAUGUACAGCUGCUAACUUGGCGACGACGAAUAUCGAGCUCUCUCGGUACGCUUUCCGCUCGUCUCUGGAAAGAAUACCUGAGACUGAUGGAGAAAGAUUCUUAAGCGCCCAUUCCAAGGAGAAAUUGCACAGCGCCGAUGUAGAGAAUAAAGAACCUAACACAUCAGAGAGAAAAACAAGUAAGAGGAGAGAAACCCAACCUAGUAGUUUGAAAAACGUCGAUCUCUUCCACCAACAAAGACAACACUUGUGGGAAGUCCAUGAGCAGCCAAAGAUAAAUAAAGCUCUCCAAUCACGCAAAUACCCCAAGAGAUUACCUCUGUUACACAAGAUUCCUACAGCUCCACAGGACAACCAGCCUAUCGAUGGUGACGACAAGGCUGAUGAGAAUGAUACCAAAAUACCACAGAGCCCUCUGUCAAAAAUACCACAUCCGCCUCCGCCUACUCCGCGGUCCCAAACAUGUCCUCCAAGCUCGUCAGGGAAUAUUGCUGAUAAAUAA